AUGCAGGAUCUAGACCUCGAGCAGGUCAGCAACAUCGUGUACAUGCACGCAUGCUUGCGGCAGCUGACGCCUGACAGGGCUGCAGUGCUCAUCACUGAGAUCCAACGGCUGCUGGCUACAAACCUGUACAGCCGGCAGGGGCUGUGCAGGACUGCCUGGGCGCUGACCGUGGGCGAGGCCUACUCUCCCGAGAUGUGGAGCCAGCUCAUGAGCAAGCUGUCCUCCCUGGGCAACACUGCUGCAGGACAGAGACUGAGUCCUACAUCUGGCUUGUCCAGCGGGGCGCAGGCAUUGGCAUACGCGCCCACCUUCCUAGGCCAGCCGGUGUCAGAAGUUCUGCUUGCAAAGGCCGGCAGCAGCAGUGCCAGCUAG